AUGAAUUCAAGGCUUAAGCAACGUAUACAAACAGCCAAGGAUGAAAAACGCUUCUAUGAGGCUCAUCAACUGUACAAGUCCGCCUACUAUCGCAGUAGUUCGCGUAAAACUAGUGGCGAUAUUCUUGAAGAUCUCUUAGAUGGUGUUAGAUUUUUUCUUGACAAUCAACAAUGGGAAUGUGGCAGUGAUCUAGCUUGUAUAUGCAUUGAUGUCAUUGUUAAAAACCAGAAGCCUAUUACAGACUCAUUGCUUAGAUCCCUUUGUCAGUUCACAGCAUCGAUGCCUCAGACUUGUCCCGAUCGGCUUAAGUUUAUCUCUAAGUGUCUUUCUCUUUUGGAAAAGGACGAGCUCAAGCUUGGUGCUUUCAAUGAAUUUCUUGGACGCCAGUUACUCAAAGAAGGUGCUUUUUCGCAAGCCAGAAGUCGUAUUAUGCUAGCUGGAGACGGAUACAAAGUUGGACUCUUUCUAAUCGAACUCCAUCAACUUCAUGGUUUAGUCUCAGAAAUCGACCUUUUUGUCACUCAGGCUGUUCUUCAACUCCUUUGUGCUAAAAAGACUGCUGUUGCCGCCCUCACUUUCCACACUUACACACGAAAUCAUCCCAAACUUGAAGCCGGACCGCCGUUUAUCCACUUUCCACUCCUCAAUUUUGUUUGGUUAUUGAUGUUAGCCAUUGAAAGAAAGCUUAGUUAUGAUGUUCUCUCUUUCCUCUGUAAUCAGUAUCAUAGUCAACUUAUGCGUGAUCCUAGUUACGCUGAGUAUAUUGAUAAGAUCAGUCAGUUGUACUUUGGAGUGAAAAAGCAGAAUGAUCCUAUCAAUGGGCUGAUGUCUAACAUCAUGCGAAUAUUCGGAGACGAGGGUAGUAGUGAGUUAACAACUGACGAAUCGCCGGCCUCAGGGUCUGGGAAAACAGCAUCAUCGCCGACUUCUAUGCUGUUUGAUGAUAUUGACUAA